CAAAAGAUUGUCACAACGAGCUCAGAGGACGCUGGUCGAACGAAUUUUGUUGAAUGGAAGAGAACAGAGAUGCGAGAUGCGUCGAAGCUCUUCUUGCACGUUCGACCCUCCUCCAUCCAAAUUGCAUCAUUCUGAUUAUCCAUCACUCUUGGCUGACCGGCAGUGUUCAGUAAUCACAAAAUGGCGCUUUUCAGCGCCUGCCUGGCGAUUUCUCCCAGUUAUUUCCAUAUUUCCAAGCCCUGGACCGGCCAGCAUUUGUCAGAUCAGAUUGGAACUACGCACGGCUGGCGUAUCACAGCCGUCUGCAGGGUUGAUUAUCAAGACCACUACACAUCACUUUGCGCCCUACGGCUACGGCAACACAACCGCGCAUUCUCUUUUUGCGCUCCUCCAGACAAUGGACCCAGUAAAUACAAAUAAGCCGGCUAACCCCCGAGUCUCAGACAUGGACAGUCAAGCCUCACUCUCAGACCAAUCCGACAGAGUCAGACACGGACGACAAAAGUUGUGUCUUGUCCAUCGAGUGUCUUGAGCCCGCGCUCAUACAGCCUCAGCCUCCGAGCCGUCGCCCACGUCAACAUCAACAAGAACAGCGCUAAUCAAAAGUCUGCUCCCCGACCGGCCCGCUCAAGCCCCGACAACCGGACAGCAAGCCGCCUGCAAAACGACAAAGAACACCACAACAAACGCAGCCAAGCCGUCUCCAUGGCCUCGCUCGAAGUAACCGCACAGAAUCCCGCCGAGCGGAGCGGGACGCUGCUCGAGGCCCCGACACCGGCAGACAUGAGCACGGCGCCCACACCCGCCAUCAGCGCGGCGCCGACGAUAGAGAAGAACAUGGACUCGGACGUCGAGAAGUCGGGCCAGACCGACACGGCGCG